AUGCUUCAACCGCGAGGAAUCUACUCGGCAGUCCCCCCCGAUGUCCGCACGAGGCUUCAAGACAACCCUACGCUCUUAGUGAGCUGGUGGGCGACGGGGGUUUCCCUUGCCAUCAUCGUUACCAGAGUAUGUGGCCGCUAUGUUCGCAUCGAGCGCCUUUUCCGCGAAGACAAGAUCAUGUUGGCUGGAAUUAUCCCUCUACUGGCAAGGAUGGCGUUUGUGCAUGUUGUUCUGCUAUGGGGCACCAACAAUACAAAAGUGGAUGGUUUGACCGAGGAAGAUAUUCGGCGGAGGGAGGUUGGAAGCAGGCUGGUCCUUGCUGCCCGGAUCUUUUAUGCGAUUUUUAUUUGGGCCGCCAAGCUCACCGUCUGUGAGUUUCUCAAUCGGAUCGCCGGAAUAACAUGGCGACGAUCAGUUCGCAUCUUCCUCAUCUUCGUAUACUACUUCUUAGGGUCAACCUUGCUCGCUGUCGUGGUUGCGACUCUCGCCGAAUGUCAGCCGUUCACACAUCACUGGCAGGUCGUACCAGACCCAGGCCCGAGCUGUCGCUCUGGGUAUGCCAACGUCAUAACCAUGGGAGCCUGCGAUAUUAUCACCGAUCUGCUCCUCGUCGGAUUUCCGAUCUUCAUCAUCCUGCGGACGACCAUGGCUUUGAAACGGAAGAUUACUCUCAUUCUUCUGUUCGCUCUCUCCUUGAUACUCGUUGUUAUCACCAGUUACCGGGUGCCUGCAGUAAUCUCACACAAAGGCUCUCAACAAUAUCGAUCACUCCUAGCAUCCCUUGAAAUAUUAGCCGCUACUGCGGUGUCCAAUGUGGUGGUCAUAAGUUCAUUCGUGAGGGACAAAGGCGUCAAAAAGAUCAAGUACAAGAACAGCUUAGCCUCUGCCUCGGUCAACGAGAAUCUUGACCAGAGCUCCGCCCGCCGUACAACUAUCACUCAUCACCAAUGGGGAAGCGACUCCGACCUCGCACGCGAUCUGGGUAUUCGUCUUGACCCUGACCUAUACACUAGUGAGCCCUCAGAACCGCGCCCAGCCCCCAUGGCCACUGGUGGUCUCGAUCCGAAUUGGUCAUUCAGCCAGCAAACAACCGAAUUUGACGACGACCAUUCCUCCGGCAAUAGCCUGGAUAUCAAAGUCAGUCCGCACGAAUAUCUACGCUCAAAUAAAACCACCCACGGCCAGAGCCCACCCGAGAGCUCACACGACCAAGUCCCUAUCUUUGACGUCGGCGGUCUCCUCACUCAACCUACGCCUCCAUCCACAAGCCAUAAUAACAACCACAACCCUCAAAUCAAUCUUUCUCCCGCGAAUCAAACCAGUAACUCAGGCGACCCCAUCCUCCGCGACGUAGGCGGAUUACUUUCAGACUCAGGCGACCUAUCUCCCCUAACAACAUCACCCUCACAACACACUUUACAUUCCUCAAUCAACACCCCGCGCACAGGUGGACUCCGCCGCGGCUCGCAACAAGGCCGGCGGCGCUCAAGCGUGCAUUUCAGCGAUCAACCGGAUUCUUCUGUCCCCUCAUCGCGAACUCAAUCAGGCGUCUCAGCAACGAUAUUUGAGAACGCGGACGAGUUCGAGCUCCAGGAUGUGGGGGGUCUGCUUUCGAGGAGUCGGGACGGCGCAUGA